AUGACAAUAGGUUAUCUUCCUGUUGAUAUUAAAGUAAUCUCAGUUUUAGUUCCCAUCAAUAUAUUAAUAUAGAUCAUGGAUCAUGUAUAUAUAAGCAGUCAAGAAUAAGAAUUGUCAGUCAUUCACAGAUUUUGUUCAUAUUUGACUUGUUUAGUGGACUAAAGAGUACUUUAUAUUAUUGGAGGAUCAUGGUUUUUGGUAUGAGUGAUGAAGCAACAGUUUGCCUGAAGGAAAAGGAUAUUCAGAAGUUACGAGAGUCAGAAGGGGGUGUAGAGUUUGAAGUGGAUGAAUACCAAAAUGCUGAUGAGGAAGAAGAAGAAGCAUUCCCACCAGAGGACAUUCUGAACAAUGUCUACAUACCUGAUGAGGAGGAUGAAGAUGACGAUGAUGAGUUAUCUCCCUUUCAAAAGUUGGCAAAGAAAAUGGAGGAUAUAUCUGGUGAUGGUGGAGUGAAAAAGAGAGUUUUACACCCAGGAGGAGGAAGUAUAGUCCCUGAAGGAGCAAUUGUUAGGGUUCAUUACAAUGCCUUCCUGGAGUAUGCAGAUGAACCAUAUGAUUCCACUAGGUUGAGGAAUGCACCAGAAAGAUACAAACUUGGACAAAAUCAGCUACUUCCUGGAUUAGAGAUCUGCAUUAGAACCAUGAAGAAGGGAGAAUUAGCUCAACUACUGGUUUCACCAGACUAUGCAUAUGGUAAACUUGGUGUAGAACCCAGAAUUCCUGGAAAUUCAACAGUAAUGUUUAAGUUGGAGCUGAUGAAUUUUGUUGAGCAUGCAGGUAUAGAGGAUUAUGACAUGAUGACAAAGGAAGAGAGGGAUAAGAUAGAAUUCUCAGACAUUCUAAAGUUUGUUGAGGUUGAAAGACAGCUUGGAUUACAAGUGUAUAAAGAACGGGCAUUCCAUAAGGCCUUUGGCCAUUAUAAAAAGGCAGCAAUAAUGCUAGAAUCAAGGCACGUUAAAGAUGAAGAGGAGGAGAAAGUUCACAGGGGGAAGCUGUUUACUCUGUACUCUAACAUGGCUGUGUGUGCAUCAAAACAAAAUAAAUUUAAUCUGGUGAUGACCUACUGCAACAAGGGAAGAGAAAUAGAGCCAAACAAUGUCAAACUUCUCUUCCUUCAAGGAAAGGCACAUCGAAGGAGCUCCCACUUUGAAGUAGCACGAGACAUGUUGAAGAGGGCCCAGAGGAUGAACCCAAAUAACACAGAAAUAAACAAAGAGCUCCAGGAAUUGGACAAAGACAUUAAAAAGUUUAGUUUGGUAGAAAAGGACAUGUAUCAAAAGAUGUUCUCGAAACCUACAGGACAGUCAGCUGAAGAAAAAGAGAAAGAGAACUUGAAAGCAAAGAAAAAGUUAGAAAAAAAUUUGAAUGUUACAGAUGAUUUUCAGAAGAUGGUUGAAGAAAAACUACUUGAGUUCAUUAAAGAUGAUCUACAAGAUGACAUGCCAUUCCCAGCCUUGAACUUGUCUGUUGGGGAGAUAGCAUGUAUUAUGGAGAAAUGUGAGAAUCUUGGAUUAAACUGUAAACAGAUUGGUUCCGGUCAACAUUAUAGACUCAAGAUAACAAAGAUGAAGAAAGAGGGAACAGCAUAAACUAGUCAAGUCAUUACACAUGUCCAAAUGUUAAUGUCCAUUAGUAUUAUAUACAAUGUGAAUGUAGAGGACUGUUAUGUGUAAUCUAGUUUGAGUUACUUCAAAAAGGGAAAAACCCAAUAGUGAAUUUACCUUGCAGUAUUAAUCAAACUGUAGUAGAAGUGUAGUGUACAAAUGAUUGAAAAAAGGUUGCGUAAUAUGUGAUGGAGUAAAAUGAAGAAAACAAAAACAGAAUAAUGAUACAUCAUCAUUAAAGGCUGUUCCAUAAAAUAUCAUGUCCCCCAAGGGGAUGGCACUUUUUUUUAAUCACCACCACCCACAGAAAUAAAAGUAGAUUAGAACAAGACUUCCUUUGCAUUUUGCUAUUUCAAAUACAACCACCCAAAUUAAAUUUUAAGAAAUUGCCUUCCCUGAGGGGACGUAUUUCCUGGAACAGCCUUUAGAAAAAUUGACUAUUAUCAUUAUGAACAAAUAUUGUAAAACUAUGCAAUGUAUAUUUAAAGCAAUAGUUAAAUGAAAAAAAAACCACAGAAACAGAAUAGAGAACUAUUGACACACCGGACGCUCAAAUAAUUUCACCUGAGAUUUAACGGUUGUUUAAUGUUCUCUGACAGAAAUACAGUCUUUUUUGUAUUUUAUAUGAUUUUCGUUGUCAUGGUUUUUAUAAUUGAUAAUUCUCUUUUAGUCACAGUUUAUGAAAGUUAUGAUUAACAGAUAACUGAAUUUUGUAUUUUUAGAAAUUCAAGGAUGCAAUGUACAGUUUUGUACUUGUGUUUUAUAAACUAAUUUCUAAAAUGUUUAAGCAAGUAUAAGCUUUCUUCUGUCAAUUUUAGUUCUAAAUUUGUAAGACAUGGUUUUCAUACUUUAGAAUAAAUUUUAUUUCAAAUGAUUUGCAUCGUUUUCCAAGUUUUAAGUACCAAACAUUCAAUUUUCAUCAAGCCGUCCACUUUUAUGUAAAUAUGUAUAUUGUAUAUAGAAUCAUUAUUGAAAUGAAAAACUUAUAAAAAUGAAAGUAGUUUCUAGUUUCAGAGAAACUUUAUUAAGUUGGAUAUUUUACUAGGCAAGUUAAAUUUCCUAAUCCUAUUUUUAUUAUUGUACAUGUAUGUUCAUAGAAUUUUUUCCAACAACAUGAAAGUUAAUUGGUAUAAAUGUCUUUUAUGUUUUGAUUUUACAAUUUUAAAAAGAAAAUGUAAGAAGUUUUUAUAAAUAUGAACUAAACUUUUUUUUCUUAAAAUAACUGAGCAAAAAAUUGCUUCAGGCUGUUGUAUUUUAUACUAAAAAAUCAGACCUUUAGUUUAAGGAUUGACAAUAAACACCAUUCUAAGCAUGAUUGCACAGUUCAGAUCUGUCACUAGAAGAUUGAUUGUGUUUGCAAACUACAACCUGUGAACUUUUCAUUUUUAAUGAUUUUGCUUCAUUUAUUUCAAAUCUAUUAAAACAAAGUUCUCUUUUUGAAAAUCUAAAUAUAUAUUUUUCAUUACUAAUAUUAAAAAAAUAAUGUCCAUUAAAUGUACCAAAUUACAGUGUCACUUAUAUUUUACUUUAAACACCAAUUGAAGAGAGCCAUUAUUGUCAUGAUACCCCCAUUUGCUGUGUUCCUAACAUUACUGUUGUAAUUCACAUGUUAUAUAAUGCACCAAUGUAUUACUUCUAUAGUGUAGCCUUCCUUUAUAAACCACAUAUGUUUAAUUAAGCACCACUGUAUGAUACAAAUAGCAGAAAUAGUGUUUAAAAGUUUUGUAAAUAUACAAGUACUGGAAGGUUUCUAUACCAUUUGAGGUAUUUUCAAAUAUCUAAUUUUAAGAUGAACUUUAGAAUCAUUUGAUUCACUGGUGCUUUGUGAAUAUUUCUAAAUAAUUAUGAUAUAGUAUUUCUUUGAUUAAUGAACAUUAAAUUUAUAUCACAAGUUAUACCAGUUUCUUAUUUUUUUGUGUACAACCAUUUUCUUUCAAACUUUACAGUACUGAGAAUGUUUAUGACAUCUACUAGCUUUUUUAGUGUAUAUUGUCAAAUAUGAGCAAAAGUAGCUGCUUGUAAAUCAGGGAUGUUUCUAUUUUUUUGUUUUUUUGUUUUUUUUGUCUUAACCUUUUAUAGUUUUUUCUAUAAAUGAUAAAACCAGA